AUGUUAAGAAAAGCUUUCUAUUUCUUACUUAUUAUGGCCAUUAUGCCACUAAUUAGUCUGGCAACUGAUCCUGAUUCUGAAGUCGAAGAGAGCCUGCAUCAAUAUCGUGCUUCUCCCAAACUUACUGGUCCUGUCAAGCUCCUUCAUGAUUCUGAAGAUGUUAUUUUAAACACUUUGGACACAGCUUUGGAGAAGAUUUCCACCAUCUACAUGCAGGCUUUGUUUGCUGGCACCCACUCCCCAGAGCUGGAAGCACCACUUCGGGCUCUUGAAAUGGAAUUAUUCGACCUCUUGGAUCAGCUCUAUAAACAGAAUCGUCUCAAGGACUAUAUGCAGUACGAGGCGGAAGUGACGCGACAAAUGAUUAUCUACAAUAUGCUCAAGAGAUUGUUUGGUUACACGCAGGAUGAAGUGGAUGUCGCUGAAGGGACCUUCUGA